AUGAUCACUUCGAAAGGCCUCCUUUUGGCCGACCUCAUCGUCGGGUACUGCGAGUCCGCGGACGAAUGGCGACCAUCGUCGCCCAGUUCGCCCCUCUCCCUCUCCCUCUUGACAGAGGUCCGCUUGAUCGACUCCGCAUCCCCAUUCAAGACCUCGGAUGCCCCAAGACUGUUCUCCUGUCCCACCAUGCUCGAUCUCAUCCUCUCCAACUCCUCCUUCAACCUGGCCUGCUUCAGCCUCUCCAAUUCGAUCUCGAGGUUCCGGUUCUCCAUCUUGAGGCUUGUCAAAGGUGUCGACGGUGCGACAGGUGAUGCCAUCGCGACUGCCACACAGGGUUCCCGAGGCUCGGAUUGA